AUGGAGUAUCUCCAGAAAUGUUUUUAUAAAUCGACAGGAUGGCAAGAAGAGAAUAUAUUUCCUAAUAUUACAUCGAGUUCCCAAUCGAUUCUAGAUUUCCAAAUUCCAAAUGGAUGUAAAUUGGAUAUAUCUUCCAAGACCACAGAUUACCUGGCAUCGAGUUUUACAUUAUCGAAUUAUAAUGUCAUCAAUGGAUCUUUGGCUUAUUUAUACAGUUCAUUACCAUUGAACAACACUGUAGGAACAAAGAACAUCUCAUUACAAGAAGCCAUAUCGGGAUUUAAAGUCCUCGAGCCAAUUUACAAAGAAGAAACUAUGGAUAAUUUCAAGAAAUUUGGAAAUCGAAACUUAUUAUUAUAUGGAAGAAUGUAUUUCCCUGGGUCAGCUCUUGAAUCAAUGGUAAUCAAACAAUUAUCACCACAAACUCAAUUACUUAUCAAAUCCAUCAGUAAUCCAAAUAUAGCUAAAAAUGGUACUAUGAUAAUAUAUUUACAAAGUAAUACCCCUAAAUUCUCCAGAGAAUUUGUUUAUUCAACCAAUGAAGCAUUAAUGGGAUUCAGAUGUUUAUUCAAUUUUGGCAAUACUAACAAUUCAAAGAGUGAAUAUCAAAAUUCAUCAGCAAUAAUACCGAAAUUAGAUAAUUCAAUGGUUUCAAUUGGUACUGAAGUAUGGUAUGCUGCCAUGACUAUGAGUCCAGGAUUUUCUACAGCUUUCAGAUAUUCAACCAAAUCUACAUCAACAGGAAAACCUUUAACCAUGACACUCGCUUGUAAUCCAAUUCUCGGUCAAAUGUCAUCUACUUAUACCAUCAAAACUUCAGUGGCUUCAACUUUUAGUUCCAAAUAUGAUUUCAACUUGUAUUCUUAUUCUUCCAAUUUAUCCUUAGGUUUUGAAUUGUAUAAUAACUCCAAAAGAAAAUCAGAUUCCAAUGAUUAUGAUAUCAUGAAAUCUUCAGAGACAUUACAUGAAAAAUCAUUAUUAUUCACUCCUGACGAUAAAUCAACUCCUACAGUAAUAUCGUCUCAUCAUCAUUAUCCAUCAGAUCAUUCUCAUAUUGAUUCCCAUUCUCAACCUCAUCAAAAGGAAACCGUUAUAUCAGCUUUCCAAAAUCUUGUCAAUGAAAGUGAAUUUAAUAGUGUUGUUAGAGUAUCGACUUCUUUAAGUGAUAAAAUGCUUAAACUUUUAUGGGAAGGAAGAUUUAAAGAUUUUUUGGUCAGUGCAGGUACAAGAAUAUCAAUCAAUGAAUUCACUCAUCAACCUGAAUUCAAUAAAUUUGGUAUAUCCUUCUCUUAUGCUAAUUAA